AGCAUCACUUUGUGUAGGUACCGCAGCUUCCGGGUGUGUUCAGCGUUGGUUUAUAUAUAUAUAUAUUGAUGCAUUGUGUUUUAUGACAGGUUAAAAGGCUUCUGGGAGUUAUAUAUUGUCAAAAUGAAUCGAAUAUUUGGUCGGGGAAAACCCAAAGCACCUCCUCCUAAUCUAUCGGACUGCAUAGGAAAUGUGGAUGCCAGGGCGGAGUCUAUGGAUCAGAAGAUCUCCCGUCUGGACACUGAACUGAUUAAGUAUAAAGACCAAAUGAAGAAGAUGAGAGAAGGACCCUCUAAGAACAUGGUGAAGCAGAAAGCUAUGAGGGUUCUGAAGCAGAAGAGACAGUAUGAGGGCCAGAGAGACCAGCUGGCUCAGCAGUCCUUCAACAUGGAACAGGCCAACUACACUAUACAGUCCCUCAAGGAUACCAAAACUACAGUGGAGGCUAUGAAGAUUGGAGCUAAAGAGAUGAAGAGAGCUUACAAGGACGUGAAAACCGAUCAGAUAGAAGACCUACAGGAUCAGCUGGAGGAUAUGAUGGAGGAUGCCAACGAGGUUCAGGAGUCUCUGAGUCGCAGCUACGGAACUCCUGACAUAGACGAGGAUGACCUGGAAGCAGAGCUGGAUGCCCUAGGGGAUGAGUUGUUGCUGGAUGAUGACAGUUCCUACCUGGAUGAGGCUUCCUCUGCCCCCUCCAUCCCAGAGGGCAUACCCAAUGACAGUAAAACCAACAAGGAUGGUGUUCUGGUGGAUGAGUUUGGUCUGCCACAGAUCCCUGCUACAUAAAACUACAGAUCCCUGCUACAUAAAACUACAGAUCCCUGCUACAUAAAACUACAGAUCCCUGCUACAUAAAACUACAGAUCCCUGCUACAUAAAACUACAGAUCCCUGCUACAUAAAACUACAGAUCCCUGCUACAUAAAACUACAGAUCCCUGUUACAUAAAACUACAGAUCCCUGCUACAUAAAACUACAGAUCCCUGCUACAUAAAACUACAGAUCCCUGUUACAUAAAACUACAGAUCCCUGCUACAUAAAACUACAGAUCCCUGCUACAUAAAACUACAGAUCCCUGCUACAUAAAACUACAGAUCCCUGCUACAUAAAACUGCAGAUCCCUGCUACAUAAAACUACAGAUCCCUGCUACAUAAAACUACAGAUCCCUGCUACAUAAAACUACAGAUCCCUGCUACAUAAAACUACAGAUCCCUGCUACAUAAAACUACAGAUCCCUGCUACAUAAAACUACAGAUUCCUGCUACAUAAAACUACAGAUCCCUGCUACAUAAAACUACAGAUCCCUGCUACAUAAAACUACAGAUCCCUGCUACAUAAAACUACAGAUUCCUGCUACAUAAAACUACAGAUCCCUGCUACAUAAAACUACAGAUCCCUGCUACAUAAAACUACAGAUCCCUGCUACAUAAAACUACAGAUUCCUGCUACAUAAAACUACAGAUCCCUGCUACAUAAAACUACAGAUCCCUGCUACAUAAAACUACGGAUCCCUGCUACAUAAAACUGCAGAUACCUGCUACAUAAAACUACAGAUCCCUGCUACAUAAAACUACAGAUCCCUGCUACACUUUUAUACGUAGAGUAACAUUUCUACAUUACAAUGAUCUGACCUGAGAACAGGCUACAUAACUUACUACCACUGUAUUACUAAGGUAUUGAUGCUGUUUUGGAGAUGAGUUUAUAUUGUUACCAAUAGGGUUUACAUUUAUCUAAAGCCAUCCCUUUAAACUUGGUGUACCUUUAAUGUUCUCAACAGACUCAGUGGAAUAUAUGGAGAGAAGGUUCAGAGUAUUAGGGAUCAAUGACAGGAAGCCAUGGAAAUACAUACAUUUCUUUCCUUUUCCAAUUGGUAGAUUUUAAAAUGCUCUGAUCUUGUAUAUUAUUUAGGGUUAGGAAAGUAAAAUCAGGUUUGGAGUGCCUUUACGCACUAAAUAUAUUGGUUAAUCAAAACUACAGUGGUUUGAUUCAUCCUAAAAGUUGUCAUAUUCAGUUGUUCAAUCCAUGAAGUAUUGGAAGGGGAGAAAAGUGUACAGUAGGGGUUGGCCAGUAGUCCUUUAAAACUAUCCUAAUAAUCAUCACUAAUCGUGGAACUGUGAUGACAACUGACUGUCCAGUCGUCUUGAACCGUGCACCAGGCUCCAGGUAUCAACUGCUAUGUGUGGUCUGCGUUCCAUAAUGAUUCACAUCAUAGGCAAAAUGACCACGGGGGGUAGGGGACAUGUCCCCCCCAACAUUCAGAACAGGUCAAUUCGUGUCACCCCCCCAACCCCCAAUCAUUUCUUUAAAUAAAAAAAAAUGAUUCCAGGCAAUGUUUUUUUUAAUGUUUUUAAAAAAUCGCCCUUGAUUCAAAUAGGCUACAUGUCCCAAAUUAUUGCACAACUUGUGCAAUUAGCACACAUUAGCUUCAUAUGGUCCACUAUUGCUAGCGUCCCUCAGGAACAACCACACCAACAUGACAGAGGGGAGAAAGGUCCACUAACAAUGGAAUGGAAUGAUGCAACCUGUCAGGAAACUAACACUAAAGAGACCGUUAUACAUGUACACUACCGUUCAAAAGUUUGGGGUCACUUAGAAAUGUCCUUGUUUUUUAAAGAAAAGCACAAUUUUGGUCCAUUAAAAUAACAUAAAAUUGAUCAGAAAUACAGUGUAGACAUUGUUAAUGUUGUAAAUAACAAUUGUAGCUGGAAACGGCAGAUUUUUUAAUGGAAUAUCUACAGUGUAUAUAGUCUAGACCAGGGCUAUUCAACUAUACUGAACAAAAAUGCAUAUUUCAGUUGACUAGUUUUUGUGGAGAAGUCUCUCCUUCCUAUCAGUAGAGAAUGGGCCCCUAUAGUAAACUGCACCACCUCUGUGGGGACUUAAACUCAUCAAAUCUCGUUGCAAAGUUAGCUUUCAGUUUAUCUAAAACUCUGAUAUCAAGGGAUCUGUACUGAUGACUGAAUGUGGACUGAAUGUGGUGCAGUGUAGGGAAAUGGAGUGUUGAAUAGCCCUGGCCUACACUUCCUUCUGAACGUCUAACAUAAGUGAGGUGGGUGUGGCUUCGUGACUGAUCUCAGCAGCAGCUGCUCACCAACACGGUUGCUACGCCACCAAAACAUGUGGGUGUCUGCUAUCGUCGUUAACGCUUGAUUUGAUUGAAUCUAGGCCUGUGUUUUUGACAACUCUUUGACAACUCAUUGUCAAGCCAACCAUUUGGCAUGCCAGGGAGAUAGCACGAUAGCACAAACAGACUGGCACUCAGGCUACCCACCCCCUCCUCAGUAAGUAUUGUCCUGUUCAGUAUUAAUUAGCCUGUACUAAUAUAACAGUGAUGACUGAAACCAUUGGUCCAGAUAUUAGGAACAUUCCUUCCUGUCUGUAAGAUGUGUGUUGGUUUUUGGAAACCAAUUUAAUAAAGGAACGGAGUUCCGGUUUUCUAAAUGUU